AUGCUUAGUGAUAUGCUGACAUAUCUAACUGUAUUAUUCAUAGUUGCAACCAAAUACACUCUUCACAUGGAACAACCCAGGCCUCUAAGUUUAAGCUCUCCUUUAUUUCUGCAGAUCGACAUGAAGGUUCGUCAGAUAUCACAGCGCCUGCAGCUUCACACUGCACUCAUGCGUGAUGAGUGGCGGUGGUCGGUGGAUCCUAGAACUGUAUUGGUGCUGUUUUUUCCUUGGCUGGGAGCUCAAGAAAAGCAUUCAGCAAAAUACAGGGAGUUAUACAUAAAUCUAGGAUUAGAUGUUCUGACUGUGAAAUCCUUACCUACAGACUUCUUAUGGCCUCCAAACUCAGUGAAAGUAGCUAAACAUAUUCUGAAGGUUCUUGAUGAGGAGCUGAAAGAUUAUGAUCACCUUAUCUUCCACACAAUGUCCAUUGGAUCUUACAACUUGACUGUGCUGAAUAUGACUGCAAAGGAGAUGAACACUAGACAGGAAUUCCUGGAAAAAUGUCGAGGAAUUAUUUUUGAUAGCAUUGUGAUUGGGAGCAACACCAUAGGAAUUAUGAAGACCACUGAUACCAGUGGAAACAAAGGGGAUAAUACUGGUGCUCAGUCUGAUCAAGCAAUUGACCGAAUAAUUAAAGGUAUGGCCUCGGUCGUUAGCAACAACUCUUUCUUUCAAGUAGUUAUAACUCUCAUGGCUAAAAUAUAUUUCACAAUCACCAAGAAGUGGACUUUAGACUUUUAUACAAAUGCCUUAGAUAAGGCACGUGAUGAUCCUUUGAAAGUUCCAACCCUUGUUCUGGCAUCAAAAGAUGACCCUAUGAGUGAUGCAGUGAUCUUGGAAAAGCUUGUGGAAUUAUGGCAAUCAGAGCACAAUUUACCUGUAACCUUAUGUUUAUGGGACAGUUCCAAGCAUGCUCAACAUUUGGUUUAUCACAGAGAAGACUAUGACGCUGCACAGAGUAAAUUCUUCUCUCAAGUAUUUCGAAAUAUACCGGAAAGUUCUUCAGCAAUUAAAAAGUCAAAAUUGUAG